CAAUUUUAGUAACAAAACACAACUUGUCUUGAAAUUUAAAUGCAAAUAUCGAGGCCAGCUUUCACUUGCGCCAUCGAUAGCUUUCGUUUUCCGAAUAUUUGCACCUCUUCGGUACCGUUCCGUUUACAUUUCCGUUUCGUGCAAGCUGGAAAAUGUCUUUGUCGAAGAUUUUUUGUCCAAAAUUUCUGCCUAAACAUCUACUUGCAAGUGCAAAAGUGGUAACAAAUAGUGGUGAUUGCAUCUAUAAACCCAGACGACACUUAUCUUCUUCGGACGUUCAGUUUGCAAAGUUAGCUCAAGAAAAGAAACCUGAUUGGAAUCGAGCUGUAAGUGAAGCUGAAAAAAUUGUUGGAUAUCCAACAUCGUUUCUGAGCCUACGCUGGCUACUGAGUGAUGAAAUUGCCAAUGUAGCGUUGCAUCUUAGGAAAUUGGUUGGAUCCAAUCAUCCCCUUUUAAAAACAGCGAAAGGAUUACUCUACAAUGGCAAGAACAAUAUGCAAGCUUGGGGCCUCAUUGUGCUGCUGAUUUCCAAAGCUGCCGGACAUUCUGCAGAUAUUCCUGACAUGGAACAAGACAAGGCAGCAGGUGUUCUACAUAGCCAGAGGGCACUAGCUGAAGUAACAGAAAUGAUCAGAACAAGUCACUUGGUGCAUAAAGGCUUGGUUAAUUUGCAGCCACCAAAUAAUGUAGACGCAAGCGGCGAUAUGAUGUUUGGAAAUAAAAUCGCUCUACUAAGUGGCGACUAUUUACUAAGUAAUAGCAGUAUAGAAUUGGCCAACCUCAGAAACCAGGAGUUAGUAGAACUGAUGAGUUCGGCAGUGAGAGAUCUAACGGAGGCCGAGUUUGUUGGGCCCCGAGACCGACAGAAUAAUCCGUUGCCGGCCAAACCAAAAGCGAAACAAGUGGAGUACAAACAGUUUAUAGAAAAUAAUUUGGAGCCACUAAUUGUGAGUGAGGCGUUAGGAAAUGCGCAGGCUGAGUGGACGUUGAGGAACGUUUUAAAUGCUGGUUCGCUCCUUGGAAAAUCUUGUCAAGGUACAUUGAAACUAGCGGGUCAUUCGGAGGACCUACAAGAAAAGGGUUAUCUAUUCGGAAAACAUUUAGCCUUAGCCUGGCAGGCAUGUCUAGAUAGGGAACCCUUUCAACCUGGCUCCAGUGGGUCUUUCAGUCUGGUUUGCGCUCCUCUGAUGUUCACUCUACAAAAUAAACCGGAACUUUACGAACAUAUUGAGAAAGGACUCGAAAACGUCGACGAGGUCGACUAUGAUCUGCUUAGGGCGGAGGUUUUGGAAGGGCCAGGGUUAGAACUAACAAAAAAACUUCAAAAGGAACAUUCGCAGGCAGCACUCAAAGUACUGAACGAACUUCCAGCUUCAGAUGCAAGGACAGCCUUGGCUAAUAUUAUUGCUGCCGUGCAAGAAUCGUAGACCUCCGUUUUGCACUGCAUCUUUUUUUAGUUUUGUUUGCGGGAAUGUUGGGAUUUGAGCGUUUAUUUGAAAAGUUUUAUCCGGCGUAACUUCGUCACCAAACUAUUUACUGUGAUAAGUGCUUUUACCAUAUUUUAUAGCAAUGUUCCUAGCUUUUUUGGCAUUGCAUUGUAAAUUUUUAAUUAUUUAAGUGAUACCAGAAUAAAUGCAUACAUUUUUUAUUCGUGGGAAUGGGAGAAAUAAAUAUAUUUUUGUACAUUUUACAUAUGCAUAUACAAUAAAAAUUAAUUGUGUCUUGGGUGGAUUUUAGAUAAUACUUUAGGAUAGGAACAAUUCAGAAGCAACCUGUUAUGGCCAAAUCAAAAACUUAUUAAUUUCUGAUAAAACAUUUGAAAUUUAUACUUAAAAUGGCUUUGUCCAAUAUUUAUUGCACAUAUCACAGUGUAAAGAUUGGAAAAUAACAAACUCGUAUUGUACACAUUUCAGAUUAUCAGUACUCAAAAUUUACAGUUACAAUGAACAUUAUAAAACCUUUAAUAUAUUUACUAAAGCUCGUUUUGCGUCCGUUGCUCGGAAUUCGUCUAAUAUAUCAAAACAGUUCUUUACAAAA